CCCGCGCCUCCUCCUCCGCCUGUCAGCAUCAUGAUCGCAGAAUGUACCGGGACCUCCUCAGCAGCGGAGCCGCGUCGUGAUGACUGUCCGCGGGCACAGCUGCAGCCCGGACACGCUUAACGUUCCCCCCGUCCACUAGCACGCACCCUGGUCCACGCACACUGGUCCACGCAGACUGGUCCACGGUGCACGGCGCGGUGUGGAGCUGGAUCACCUCCUCCACUCUGACGCACUCCGAGGCGCGCACUUUGCUCCGCCGCGUCUCCUCCGAGCCUCCUGCUCCUUCUACUGAGGAUUUCAAACUUUACGGUUGCAGGAGGAAGAAACAAAAGGAGCGGAUAGUGGGAUAGUGUGUGUGUUGUGUGCGUGUGUGUGUGUGUGCGGUGCAUGCUGGGGCGCACAGCGGUGCUGCUGGACCAGCCGAGAACGCACCAAGUCCGGUCCCAAACCCCGGUUCGAGCCCCGGUGUCCCGCCACGGCAAACAUGAUUCUCCCCGGGAUUUUGCUGGCGCUUUUCUUCACAGGUGUGCUGCCAGCCUCGGCGCCCAUCUUCCCCUUCCCCCCCUCCCCCACCGACUGUGUUGAAGCCCAUCGAGAGUGCUCCUCCGACCUGCGCUGCGAGGCCUUGUACCGGGGUUUGGAGCUGUGUGCCGCCGACGCCGCCGUGUCUCCACUGGGGGAGCAGGCGGCCUCCGAGUGCCUGGAGAGACAGGACGCCCUGCUGGCCAAACAUCCGGCUCUGUUGGCCUGCAAGUGCCAGAGAGCCUUCCGCAAGGAGGAGCUGUGUCUACGCAUCUACUGGACGGUCCGCCUGCUGCCAGGGGAGGAUGAGCUGGAAAUAUCCCCCUAUGAUGACACACUAAUGGAUACUCGCAUGACCUCCUUAGCGGCAGCCAACCUCAUGCAGCUGGAUGGAGAGAACCAGUGCCUGAAGGCAGCCCAGGACUGUGGUCUGUAUGAGAAGUGUGGUUCCCUGAGGUCAGAGUACGUCCUGGCCUGCACCAAGCCGGUCCCCGGGACCAACCGGUGCAACCAGCACAAGUGCCACCGGGCCCUGCGGCGCUUCCUGGAGCGGGUCCCUGAGGAGUACAGCCUGGGGGUCCUGUUCUGCCCCUGCACCAACACCCUGUGUGGGGAGAGGAGGAGGAAAACCAUUGUGCCCUCCUGCUCCUACCAGGAGAUGGAGGGGCUGCAGCCCAACUGCCUCUACCAGCAGAGCUUCUGCCGCCGAGACGAUCUCUGCAGGUCCAGACUGGCUGAUUUCCUGAAUAACUGCCAGCCGUCUCCUAUGACCACCAGCGGCUGUCUGAAGGACUCAGCAGGACUCUGCCUCCGAGCCUACGCUGGACUCAUCGGCACCAUCAUGACGCCCAACUACAUCAGCAACAGCUCAGCAGACGUGUCUCUGUGGUGUAACUGUGAAGGCAGUGGGAACCAGUGGCAGGACUGUCUCAGGCUGCAGCGCAUCUUCACACACAACAGCUGCCUGCGUAACUCUAUCAGUUGGAUGGGGAGUCCCGGCUCCCUGCCUGCAGACAUCACCCCCCCUCCGGCUCCCAGACCCUCCCCGCUGGUUGCUCAGGAGGUUGAGCUGCUGAGCAACAACCACCUGCCUGAACACAACAACAUCGUGGUGGAGAGUGAAGAGGAAGAGGAGCAGGAGGAGGAGCUGACGCAGAUGCAGGAGGAGGAGGAGGAGGGUAAUGAUGAAGGAGGCCAGUUUGACGUCAUCCCGCUGUACUCGGAGAGGGCCACCGUCUCCAACCUGGGCUCCUCCUCCGGGACAGGAGGGGCUGCAGGCCUCACCACCGGGCCCCCUAAAGCCAUAGUCCUGGUCCUGCUGGUCCUGUGGGCCUGCCUCAGCUGGGGCUAGAACACAGGAUGUAGAGAAGAAACACACAUAUCCAUGCACACACUCACAUACGAUGGACCUGCCAACAAUCCUGGACUGAUCGCUGUAAAAUUAUAGGACACAAAGUGAAGAAAUGGACUUCACACUUUGUCAGUAGCAUCCUCUUGAUUCCUCGCUUCCUUCCUUCCUGUCCUUUUUUUGAAAACGGCACUUUGUUCAACCUGGUCUGACUGCAGCUGCAGCGGUUUGUUCACACAAUGUUCAUUCAGCUGCAGAUAGUAACUAAAUAAUGUUAACUACCAGUAGUUAAUAGACAUAUCUGACAGCAAUGGAACCUCCCAGUUGCCAAAAAUAGCUUUUAUUUGCAUACUACGUAUAUUUCCAGAUCAGCAGCAGACAACUGGUGUGUCUAAAAACAAGAUAAAAUCACUAAAUCUGAGGGAAAUUAUCUUGCUGCAUGGACAGAUC